AUGCAGAGAGAGUGUCUCCUGGUGGCCUGGGGCCUGGUUCUGGUCCGGAGCAGAACAUGUGUGUUCCAUGUGAAGCCUCACAACAGCAGAUAUUAUGAUCAUGGGUUCGUGAACGGGUCGGAGCAGUUCUGUGAUCAGAGCGCCUGCUGCGUGGCGUUCUUCAUCAUCAACGGCGACGUCCUGGAGGUCGACACCCUCGGCUGUGGAUGGGGACACAGGCCGUGUCCAGAGAGACGCUGCUGGAGGAUACACCGCGUCCUCCAGUGCAUCUGUGACCACGACUUCUGCAACAGCAACUUCUCCUGGCCUCUUGUGGCCUCAGAAGGACCUCCUGUGGCCUCAGAGGGACCUCCUUUUGACUCCUCUGGGCACAGAUGGAUGGCGGCUCUGUUGGUCGUGGCCCUGCUCUUGUGUUUAGCAGUUCCAGCCACAGUCAGAUUCUUCCACAAAGACAAAAGAGAAAGUGCUGACUCCUCUCUUCAGGACCCACACAGAGCCUCGAACAUCAUCACUUCUGAAAUUCAGCCUCUGAACAUUUUGCACAAAGGGAUGUUCUCCACGGUCUGUGAGGCCAGAUACCAGAACCAUCGUGUGGUGUUGAAGAACUUCCAAAAAUCCUGGAGUUUGCAGUUUGCAGCAGAGAGAGCGGUGUUCCAGCUUCCUCUGAUGUCUCACUCGGGGGUCGUCCACUUCCUCGGCUCCGUCUCCAACGACUCCUGUGACCUCCUGGUCCUUCAACACGCGGAACACGGUUCUCUUCACGCGUACCUGUGCUCUCUGUGUGUGUGGUUCCAGGGUUCUCUUCACGCGUACCUGUGCUCUCUGUGUGUGUGGUUCCAGGGUUCUCUUCACGCGUACCUGUGCUCUCUGUGUGUGUGGUUCCAGGGUUCUCUUCACGCGUACCUGUGCUCUCUGUGUGUGUGGUUCCAGGGUUCUCUUCACGCGUACCUGUGCUCUCUGUGUGUGUGGUUCCAGGGUUCUCUUCACGCGUACCUGUGCUCUCUGUGUGUGUGGUUCCAGGGUUCUCUUCACGCGUACCUGUGCUCUCUGUGUGUGUGGUUCCAGGGUUCUCUUCACGCGUACCUGUGCUCUCUGUGUGUGUGGUUCCAGGGUUCUCUUCACACGUACCUGUGCUCUCUGUGUGUGUGGUUUCAGGGUUCUCUUCACUCGUACCUGUGCUCUCUGUGUGUGUGGUUCCAGGGUUCUCUUCACGCGUACCUGUGCUCUCUGUGUGUGUGGUUCCAGGGUUCUCUUCACUCGUACCUGUGCUCUCUGUGUGUGUGGUUCCAGGGUUCUCUUCACUUGUACCUGUGCUCUCUGUGUGUGUGGUUCCAGGGUUCUCUUCACGCGUACCUGUGCUCUCUGUGUGUGUGGUUCCAGGGUUCUCUUCACGCGUACCUGUGCUCUCUGUGUGUGUGGUUCCAGGGUUCUCUUCACGUGUACCUGUGCUCUCUGUGUGUGUGGUUCCAGGGUUCUCUUCACGCGUACCUGUGCUCUCUGUGUGUGUGGUUCCAGGGUUCUCUUCACACGUACCUGUGCUCUCUGUGUGUGUGGUUUCAGGGUUCUCUUCACUCGUACCUGUGCUCUCUGUGUGUGUGGUUUCAGGGUUCUCUUCACUCGUACCUGUGCUCUCUGUGUGUGUGGUUCCAGGGUUCUCUUCACGCGUACCUGUGCUCUCUGUGUGUGUGGUUCCAGGGUUCUCUUCACUCGUACCUGUGCUCUCUGUGUGUGUGGUUCCAGGGUUCUCUUCACUCGUACCUGUGCUCUCUGUGUGUGUGGUUCCAGGGUUCUCUUCACGCGUACCUGUGCUCUCUGUGUGUGUGGUUUCAGGGUUCUCUUCACUCGUACCUGUGCUCUCUGUGUGUGUGGUUCCAGGGUUCUCUUCACGCGUACCUGUGCUCUCUGUGUGUGUGGUUCCAGGGUUCUCUUCACUCGUACCUGUGCUCUCUGUGUGUGUGGUUCCAGGGUUCUCUUCACGCGUACCUGUGCUCUCUGUGUGUGUGGUUCCAGGGUUCUCUUCACGCGUACCUGUGCUCUCUGUGUGUGUGGUUCCAGGGUUCUCUUCACGCGUACCUGUGCUCUCUGUGUGUGUGGUUUCAGGGUUCUCUUCACUCGUACCUGUGCUCUCUGUGUGUGUGGUUCCAGGGUUCUCUUCACUCGUACCUGUGCUCUCUGUGUGUGUGGUUCCAGGGUUCUCUUCACGUGUACCUGUGCUCUCUGUGUGUGUGGUUCCAGGGUUCUCUUCACGCGUACCUGUGCUCUCUGUGUGUGUGGUUCCAGGGUUCUCUUCAUGCGUACCUGUGCUCUCUGUGUGUGUGGUUCCAGGGUUCUCUUCACGCGUACCUGUGCUCUCUGUGUGUGUGGUUUCAGGGUUCUCUUCACUCGUACCUGUGCUCUCUGUGUGUGUGGUUCCAGGGUUCUCUUCACGCGUACCUGUGCUCUCUGUGUGUGUGGUUCCAGGGUUCUCUUCACUCGUACCUGUGCUCUCUGUGUGUGUGGUUCCAGGGUUCUCUUCACUCGUACCUGUGCUCUCUGUGUGUGUGGUUCCAGGGUUCUCUUCACGCGUACCUGUGCUCUCUGUGUGUGUGGUUCCAGGGUUCUCUUCACGCGUACCUGUGCUCACACUCGUCCAGCUGGAGGACCUCACAACUGUUGUGUCUCUCUCUAUCACAGGGACUUCUCUUCCUCCACUCAGAACUCUACAAAGAAGGUCUGAGGAAACCCCCCGUGGCUCACAAAGACCUGAGCAGCUCCAACGUUCUGGUCAAAGCCGAUGGAACCUGUGCCAUCUGUGACUUUGGAUGUUCUACUGUUCUCCGCCCACGACAGAACCCACAGACAGAAGUGCAAAGCAUGAUGGGAGCUCUGAGGUACCGGGCCCCUGAGAUCCUGGAGGGGUCCGUGAACCUCAACAGUGACUGGAGCCUUCAGGCCGAUGUUUAUUCUCUGGGUCUGGUUCUGUGGGAGAUCUGGAUGAGGUGCUCCGACCUGUUCACAGGUGCAGCCGUGCCACUGCAUCUUCUUCCAUAUGAACAGGAGCUGGGACCGACUGUGUCUCUGGAGCAGCUGCGUCAGUUUGUUUCCUUCAUGAACCAGAGACCGAGCCUCCCGGCCACCUGGGGGCAGCACCUGCAGUGUGUCUGUGGUCAGAGCCCUGAUGUGCAGGACCUGCUGAGCUGCUGUUGGGACUCAGAGCCUGAUGCUAGACCCUCUGCUGCCUGCGUCGAGAACAGACUGUCUCUGUUUACUGUCUAA